GGAGGUAGUGGCAGUAGUACCAGCAGAAGCACCGGUAGCACAAGUAGUAGCGGCAGCAAGAGUACUACGGUAGACCUACUAAUAUUGCUGACAAUUGUGGUAGCAACACUGGUGGUGGUGGCACCAGCACUGGCGCUAGUAGUACGAGACGUCGCUAGCCUCCCGCUAGCCUGCCACCCCCACUACCACUGCCCAACGGUUUCGCCUGCAGUCGCGCACUUGUGGGGUCACCAGAAUCCGCAAAUGUGGGGGUGGGCGUCAGUAUAUAAACCCCCCCCGGUCGCCCUGUUGUGUCCUCAUUCCUCACUACACCAUGCCUGACACUUUGACCCUCGACCACGAGAAGCAAUUGGACCCACCCCAAGGCUUUUUCGACCGCAGCACAUCCGCACCAAACCUCGCCAGUUUCGACGAGUACCAGCGUCUCUACAACGAGUCGGUGGAAAACCCCAACAAGUUCUUUGGCGACCAGGGCCAGUUGUUGGACUGGAGCAAGCCCUACACCAGCGCCAGGUUCCCAGCAGACCCCAAGGACGACUUCAAGAACGGCGACUUGCCUGCAUGGUUCGUGGGAGGUGAAUUGAACGCAGCCUACAACGCAGUGGACAGAUGGGCGUUCAAGAACCCCGACAAGCCUGCCAUCAUCUACGAGGCCGACGAGGCCAACGAGGGCAGAAUCAUCACCUACGGCGAGUUGCUCAAGGACGUGUCCAAGCUCGCGCAGGCGUUGACCAAGCUCGGAGUCAAGAAGGGCGACUCGGUGGCCGUCUACUUGCCCAUGAUCCCCGAGGCAUUGGUCACCCUCUUGGCCAUCGUUAGAAUCGGUGCCGUCCACUCGGUGGUGUUUGCCGGUUUCUCCAGCACGUCGCUCAAAGACAGGAUUCUUGACGGUGACAGCAGAAUCGUCAUCACUGCCGACGAGUCCAAGAGAGGUGGCAAGACCAUCGAAACCAAGAAGAUCGUCGACGACGCCUUGAAGGACUGUCCAAACGUCAGAAACGUGCUUGUUUUCAAGAGAACCGGCAACCAACACGUCCCAUUCGACUCCAAGAGAGAUCUCUGGUGGCACGAGGAAUUGGCCAAGUACGGCACCUACUUCCCCCCUGUUCCCGUCAAUGCUGAAGAUCCCAUGUUCUUGUUAUACACCUCGGGCUCCACCGGUAAGCCCAAGGGUGUUCAGCACAACACUGCUGGUUAUUUAUUGGGUGCUCUUUUGAGUACAAAGUACACCUUCGAUGUCCACGAAGAGGACGUGAUCUUCACGGCUGGUGACAUUGGUUGGAUCACAGGCCACACAUACGUCGUCUACGGUCCCCUUCUCAAUGGUGCCACCACCGUGGUCUUCGAAGGUACUCCCGCAUAUCCAAACUAUUCCAGAUACUGGGAAAUUGUUGACAAGUACAAGGUGAAUCAAUUCUACGUUGCCCCAACUGCGUUGAGACUCUUGAAGAGAGCUGGUACCAAGUACGUCGAACCAUACAGCUUGGAUUCCUUGCGUGUUCUUGGUUCUGUUGGUGAACCAAUUGCUGCCGAGGUUUGGCACUGGUACAACGACAACAUCGGUAGAGGCAAGGCCCACAUCGUCGACACCUACUGGCAAACUGAGUCAGGUUCCCACUUGUUGACUCCAUUGGCUGGUGUCACCCCAACCAAGCCAGGUUCCGCUUCCUUGCCAUUCUUCGGUAUUUUGCCAAAGAUUUUAGACCCUACUACAGGUGAAGAGCUCACAGAAAACAAUGUCGAAGGUGUCUUGGCCAUCAAGUCUGCCUGGCCUUCCAUCACCAGAGGUAUCUUCAACGACUACAGUAGAUUCAUUGAUACCUACUUGAAGCCAUACCCAGGACAUUACUUCUCCGGUGAUGGUGCUGCCAGAGACAAGGAUGGUUUCUUCUGGAUCUUGGGUAGAGUUGACGAUGUGGUUAACGUUUCUGGACAUAGAUUGUCCACCGCAGAAAUCGAGGCUGCAUUGAUCGAACACCGUUUGGUGGGUGAAAGUGCCGUCGUUGGUUACGCCGAUGAUCUUACCGGUCAAGCAGUUGCUGCCUACGUUUCCUUGAAGAAGGAAUCCAACAUCCCCGACGAUGAAUUGGAAGCCAUCAAGAAGGAAUUGAUCUUGACUGUCCGUAAGGAAAUUGGUCCUUUCGCUGCUCCUAAGUUGAUUUUGUUGGUUGACGAUUUGCCAAAGACCAGAUCUGGUAAGAUUAUGAGAAGAAUCUUGAGAAAGGUCUUAGCAGGCGAAGAAGACCAGUUGGGAGACACCUCCACCUUAUCCAACCCUGGAGUUGUUCAACAAAUCAUUGAUGUUGCCAAGACUGCCAGAAAGUGAGCUAGUGGAGCUAGUGAGCUUUCUAUAACUAUUACAGACCAGCCAGUGGUUCUGUGACUUCCAUUUACGGAUAGUCGAAUAUUUAUAUUGAAUAUAUCACUUGAUAUGCCGAACAAAUGUAGCCACAAAUUGCCCAUGCAAAUAGCCCCAUUUA